AUGAGAGAGGGUGAAGAAAGCAGAGGGGGUUGGCGAAAAUUGGUGGAAUUGGGUGUACUGACUCAUGGUGGCGACGACGGUGGGAGUCCGGGUGCUCCGUACAACGAGGCGAUGAGGGCGGCGACGAACAACAACGGUGGGACAACGCGUGGCUUUCAGAGUCGUCAUCCGGCUGCAGCGAGCAAUAGUGGCGGGACCAUGCGAGGAUUCGAGCGGCUGCGUCGGGUGCGAGCAGCGGCGGGACGUCGGCCGCUGGCUAGUCGAACAGUCGGCGAUUGGCAUCUAAAUCGGGGGAGUUGGGAAUCGCAAGAAUUGAGAAGUCCUCCGAGUGAGAAAGACAUGUUCGGAAAUGGCCGAAUUAGCAGGAGGAAGGGUGUUGACUUCUCUAUUUUGAUUUUGUUUGAUAUUGAGGCAAUGUUAAUUGACUCGUAA